UGUGAGUGACACAUCUACAAGUUGCUAAGCAGCAAAAAAAUAGAUAUGUACGGAUGCUUCUGGAACGUUCUUCACAAAUCGACGCUCAUCUCCAGAGAGAAAAACGCGCAAGUUUGACGUCCGGAAAUGAUUUCUGGCGAAAAUGAUAGUGAUUCUCAGACCACAGACAGCACUUCGGGUUUAACAAUGGAUCAGGAAGUAAGAAUAGAACCUCACCACAUGUUCGGUUUGCGUCGGGAAGCAAGAAACAACUUGCAUUUCAUGGACGAGCAAACCAUUGUUUUCCCGAGUGGAAACAACUGUGUGCUCUAUAACGUCCAUCAGCAAUGGACCAAGUUUAUUCCAGGAGAAAUGUCUUACCAACAGGAAAAACAGGCCAUAAAGGCUCUUGCUAUUAGCCCAGACCGGUUCUUCCUGGCUGUGUCAGUGUGUGGAGCACAGAGCACUGUGUCUGUCUAUGAUAUACAAAGUGAUCAGUGCACCAAGAUGCAGGUACUGACAGGCGGUGACAUCGAAGUCAAGGAGUUUGUCUGUAUGGCUUUUUCUGCCGACUCCAAGUACCUACUGUGCCAGGCUGGAGGACCCGGAUGGAACCUGUUCUACUGGGACUGGGAGAACAACAAUGUCAUUGCCAUAGUGCAGACCACAAAGCUUGGCUUUGUCAGUCAGGUCAGCUUUAAUCCAGUGGACAACACACAGAUUUGUGUGAGCGGAAAUUACGUGUUCAGUAUUUUCAAACUAGAGAACGACUUCCUGAAGAUCAGCGCGUUUACAAUGGACUGUGAAUACAUCAAGUCCCAUGCGUGGCUGUCUGAGAAUAGCAUUGUGUUAGGGACGAAAACGGGAAACCUACUUCUGUUGGAGGGUGGAGUGUUGCUCAGUCUGACGAGUCCUUCUGAGAGGCAAAUGGUGAAUUGCGACACUUCAUCUAUAUCUGCACUGCCGGGUAUCACUGUCAUCACGACAUACUCUAAAGGCUUUGCCUGUGCAGGCAGCCUGGGGGAAGUUUGCCUUUAUGAGAAAACUGGGGAGUUUGACUAUAAAAAAGCUGUGGAAAUAAGAAUUCCUCAGGACCCGUGCAGCAGUGAGCCGAGUGUGUCGGCACAGCAGGAGGUCAAAUCAAUGUGUCUGAGCCCCUCAGAGGAGACGCUGGCCAUAAGCACACGGCAAGGCCAGAUCUACCACGUCAACCUCACCUCUGUCGAGAAUAGCCAGAGUAAGCUGGCCAACUUCGAGUACCUGUUCCACUCACUUCACACGGGGAGCAUCACCGAUCUGUCGGUCAGCUCCUCCAAACCACUCUUAGCCACCUGCUCAAAGGAUAACUCCGUGCACAUCUGGAACUACAAGACCAAUUCUCUGGAGCUGCAUCAGGAGUUUCCCGAAGAGCCAAACUGUAUCUCACUGCACCCAAAUGGCCUCUCCAUUCUGGUGGGCUUCUCUGAUAAAGUCCACCUGAUGAACCUGUUGGUUGACCAAUUCUGCCCUGUUCAAGAGUUCGACAUACACGACUGCAGUGAGUGUGCGUUCAACCAUGACGGCAGCACGUUCGCUGCCAUCAGCGACAACCUGAUAAGCAUCGUCAACAUCAGAACAGGAGACAAAGUGGACCUGAAUGGCCACCUUGACACGGUGGAGUUGGUGAAGUGGAGUAAAGAUGACCGUCGUCUGGUGUUGCUUGGGACGGACGGUGCCGUCCGUGAGUGGAACGUUCUCACCGGCGAGUGUACGCUAAACGAGUCUCGAGGCGGAGAGAUACUAAGAGAAAUGGCCUCAAAGGACACAUCCUACACAGCCAUCUCGGUGACUCAGUCAGCACUAAGAGAAAUGGCCUCAAAUGAAAUGUCCUACACAGCCAUCUCCAUGACUCAGUCCGGUCAGGCAGUCUUUGUUGGAACGGCUACUGGUACUGUCAGAGUAAUGCAGUACCAGAUAGAAGAGGUGAUAUCCUGGACAGAGCAUCGGGGGCAUUGUGGUCCCAUCACCAAAAUGCUUGUGACGCCUGGUGAUCAGUAUCUGGUGACUGCCUCAGAGGAUGGCUCGCUCCUUAUCUGGACAAUCACAGACCAGGUUGGAGAUCAGUUGAGUAUGGUGAAAGAAGCAUGCUUUACUGAGGAGGUCCCCUGUUCCAAUGCUUUUCUGGAGAUUAAGGACAAGAGUUUACUUGAGGUUCAAAGCCUGAUAGAGUCACUGAAUGAGGAACUAGAGUGCAAUCCUAAUCUGACUAAUAUGGACUUCAAGAAGAAGCUUGAAGAAGUCAAGGAGAAUUUUCUCAAUAUUACAGAGAAACUGAAUACCGAGAAGGAGGAACAGAAGAUUUCUCAGGACAAGGCCCUUAGAGAGAUGAGGGAGAAACAUGUUAAAGAGUUAAAGUUUAUGGAAAAUAAGCAUGCGGAGGAGAUAUUUCAAGCCUUCGCAGUCCAAGAAUCUUUGGAAGAGAAAAUACAAAAGCUGCACUCGGAUUACGAGGAGAAAUUACGCACGGAAGAAGAAAAGCACUUGAGUAGCAUUGAGAUAAAACAGGCCUAUGAUCAGAAGCUUCUGGAGCAACAGAACAGUCUGCAACAGUUUCAGGAGAUGGUGCAGGAACUGCUGGAAAAAACUGACACUGAGAUUAUAGAUACGCUGCUCCAACAGGAGCUCCAGGAGGAGGAGGGGGAGGAGGAGGAGAACAACAUGAAGCUAGAAGAUGAAACGGUGCUGACGGAGAACAAGAUGGUGCAUUUCUGGAAGAAAGAAGGAGAGAUACAAUGUGAGAGCAUAGAGCCCAGUCAGCUGGAGGGAGAGAUAAACAGCAAGAACAAGAUCAUUGAAAACCUUCAGCAGAAGCUGCACGUACAAAAAGAAGAGCUGUGCAAAGAGAGGAGCAAGGUCAGAAGCUUGAAAACUGUCCUGCAGAAGAUAAAGGCCGACAUCCAGGAAUGUUCGUCCUUCAUCCGUCAGCCGACGCUGCUGAGAAACAACUUCAAAAAACUCCAGAAGUGCUACAUACAUGAAGCUGAUGUGAAACACGGAAGGAAGGCUGGGCUUGUCAUAGACCACACCAAGGAGAAGGAGCAGUCGGAGAUGCCAGAGCCCAAACCUCCAUUAGCAACUACAACCAAAAUCCAGAAGACCAAAGCAGUGCAGGAGGUGGUGAAAGACUGUGCGUCUAAACUCGAAAUGGAGCUUAUGGCAGAGAAGGAGAUCUGCAGCAACCUUAAAAAUAAAACAAAGCUCAUGGAGAAGCAGUUCAGGAAAAUAACAGAAGAAAUUCAGGUCCAGAACCUUGAGGUCAGCAUGUUAAAGGAGGAAGUGCAAAAUCUGCAUGGCCACCAUAAGGACAGGAAGAAACUCAAGAGUCUGAGGAAGGAGAAAGAGCAGAAUAAAACCGUGCAGGAGCAGAAAAUCCACCUCCGAGACAUAGUUGAGAUGCACAAGCAGACAAUGAUACAAAACGAGGUGGCCCUGAACAGCAUCAAUAACCAGCUGGACGAGCUGAUCGAAGACCGCAACAGACCGAUGGAACAAAUGGACGAAACCAAACUCGAGCGAGUAAAAAAAAGGAUUAAAGCGAAAAAACUGUUUUUCAGAAAGCUUGAGGCUGAGGUGAAGGAGGAUAACAGCAGGAACCAGGAGGUCAUUAACGAACUGAAGGACAAGCUGAAAGUGAAAGAAAAUGAACUGUGUACAGAGAGGCAGAGGGUCAGAAACGUCCAAAUUCUGGUGAACAGGAUGAAAGCCGAUAUCCAAACCUGCUCGGAAUUCAUCCAGCAGCCCAAGACGCUAAAGGAGAACUUCAUUAAACUCUACAAAUGCUACAUCAAGGGAACAGACGUGAGCGUCGGAGAGAAGACAGCCACGCAAAAGCAGGGCAUCAGACAGAAGGAGCAGGUGAAUCAGAUGAAAAGCUUGGCUUUUGUGCCCAGACCUCCACAAACACGCCCCAAAAUCCAGAAGACGAGUGCCGUGCCAAGAGAAGACUUCAACCAGGAGACGGACAAGAACCACCGAGACAGGACACAGGGCAUCCGGACUAUGAGGAUUAAUUCAUGUGUCAAAAUAUCAAAGGAUACACAGAAGAUAUAUGGAGGAGUCCCUAAGAUCCUGACGCACAUGCUGUCAUCAAGAAGAAAGAGGAUAAAGCCGAGUUCCUCAGGAUAUGUGAAACUUCCACCCAUAAACAUGAGCAGAGGAUCGCAGAGGUGGCAUUGAACGCUUGUAUAGGUCACACGCCUGCAGAGGUGAGAGGAGCCACGUCUUUGCUGAAAUCCACCCUUAUGUUUGAGUCGGGGGCUUCGACCUGAGCUGUCAGAGUGCUCCGCUGAAGGGUGUGAGCAGAGAUGGACCACCUCUUAAAACACAAGCCUGGGACCCAAAAAAUUGUGAUUGUGAAUUAAAAUCGGUGUCGUGUUUGUCA